AUGGAGACCGAGGAUGCACCGAAGGCGGUCGACGGCGGAGAAGGAAGAGGCGACGGGGACAGCUUGGACGGCUCGUUGUGGGCACACGUCACCGAGUUGGAGAGCACGAAUGUGAGUUUGAAGGAAAAAAUGAAGAGAAUCAGAGGAUCCGAGAAAUUCGUGGAAAAAUCGGAAGAAGUGGUGCAGAACCUGCAGAAGGCGCUGGGAGACACCACGCUGGCGGCGAGAAAACAGGACCUGAUGUUGGCAUCUUGUCUUGUAUGGGCAUUGUCUUGUAUGGGCAAUUCUUCAGGUGAAACACAAGUUUGUUCACAUAUGCUUAUAGAAUUUAUUCAGAUUAUGUCAGUUAUUGCAAUGUUUUAUGGGAUCAAAACUAUUCGAUUCUGGUUCUUCCUUCCGCAUUUCAUUUUCAGGAUUGCGUGCAUUGUGAUCAUUUGUGUCAUUGAUACUUGGCUCAUUUUACGUGCAACCGGAGAAAAUGUUAACGAGAACAACGUUGCACUUCUUAUAUCCGUCAUCUCUUUUGCCGUUGCUGCUUUAUGUGCUCUUUAUGCUACAUGGGUUGAAGUAAGAUGUGCACAUUUCGUAAAAAGAUCACGCGAAACUGGUUUCUCAAUCAGCGUACCUCGUCCUGUCGGUCCUGCAACAAUAUCUCUUAGUGAACCCCAACCUAACGCUCCAGAACCACCGCUGCAGCCGAUACGUCGACUUCCACCACUCCGUCACCAUCAAGCACAAUACAUUGUCAAUGAUGAGACCCUACCAGCACCCCGUAAUCCCAACGAAGCUAACUGA